AGGGGCGACAGGUAACGGACGAACCGUUUUGACUAAAACGUAUUAAGCUUUAUCAAGUUAUUUAAAUAGUACAAUAAUAAUAAUAACACCAACAUAAAUAUUUAGUUGUUUCACGGUUCAAAGACCUAUCAAGUGCGGAUUUAAAUGACGCUAUUAAGGUAAACAGGUAUAUAAAAGGCGAUGAAAUCUUUAGACUGGCAUUAUAAAUGUUUUAUCUGCAGUAAUGUGGGUUAGUGUUAAUGUGACCUCAGUCAGAGACUGUAUUGGAAAAUGUUUGUUUAUAUCAAGCAGUAAUUCUUCCAUUGUAUAUGAUACUUGAAGUAAAACAUCACAUCAAGCACACAUUUGUCAUAGUGUGUGUGUGUACAGUUGUUACGGACCUGUAUUGUGUUAGGUUAGUCACAGUCACAGAUGGAUGGACCUUUGGGUGCAGUCAAACCUUCGGUUGGAACAGGCAGACCAGGGGGGCGUCCGAAUAACAUUGGCCUCGACCAAUACUGCACCUCCUACAGACAGUCUCAUGGUAAGGAUUUAUUCCGGCCAUGUCUAGGUCAUCAUUUUGGGACUGGCUACUCUGCCAACCACCGUCCUGUUCUGUACUACAGCUCCAGCCUGGACUGCUAUGAUAAUCCACAGUUUGGUCUCUCACUGUUGGACAGUUUCAAGUCUCAAACGAAGCGUCAUUACCAGCGUCUGGUUCUGCCCGACGGGACGGAGCCUUUGGCCUGCUCGGGGUCCAGACACAGAGAGAGCGGAUAUUUGCAGCUCCAAGCUCAGCCAAGACCUAGAGUGGCGUCCUGUCAGACUGAAUAUAAAGGCACUUACAUUCCUCACCCCCUCAGAGUUUUGGUUGGACCCAUGGAGGAUAGUGGAUACACUAAGGAAGCCAGUCGACAGCCGAACACCUUCCUCCCUCAAAAUAUUAACAUGGACGACGCUCGCAGGACACAGGAAAGUGUGAUGAGGACUGACUUCCUUCCCGGAUGUUUCCUACAGGGCAAUGAAACAUUGUCAAAACUUGCCUCCCGUGCACUUCGAGAAACUGGAUUUACAAGAGAAACCCAAAGGCCUCUGACCAGUUCAGGCAUUCUGCAGGGUGGCGUUAGUGAGGACAGAGGACAGACUAGAAAUACUGCAGCUAGAUGGUCUAUUGGGCCCAUGGGCUCAUCAGGAUUUGUCCUGAACGCCCCCAACAUCACAAGCCUCUCACAUACACCAGCCGACCCGCAACACUUCUUCACACACUACCAAAGCAAGUUUGGUGACAAAUCAUCACUGAUGCAGCAGAGAUCAGAAUGGGUGAGAGGAGGCAUACAGAGACACAGAAAAAGCGGGUACAGCGGACGAGACACAGAUAGGUUUAAUAUUAGUGGAUAUAAUGUCCUGGUUUCACAAUAAACCUGAAGUAUUCAUUUAAAUGUAAUACUGUCAAAUUUAGCCUGAUCAUUUCUACUUGACUUUUUCAUACAACAUGACAUUCAUUUUAACAGCCCCACACUGUUAAUGCGAGAAUAAUUAACAUCAGUAAUAAUUCUGAGCUAGUUUGAGCAAACUGAUGAGCAACAUAAUUACUAAUGUAAGGCCGAAUGCAAGACAUAAUCAGCAGAUUGUGUAGAAGAAAUAUGCACGCUCAUAUACAGAUUGCAAUGCAUAAACUGAUACACACAGAUAUGCACGAAUUAUGUACACAAGUUCCUAGCCAUGCCGAGAAAGGAGUGGCACCAAAUGAAAGCUCAGCUGGCUGGCAUAUGGUCACAGUUAUGGUGCCCGCUUAGGUUGGUGUGUGUGUGUAAGCUUCUCUCUCUCAUCUCAGGGCCAAUGUUCACUCUCCCACACAGGCAGAUCGUUCAUUAUCCUUAAUAAUCCUUGCAAGAAAGGGAGAAUAAGGAUUGAUUGAAUAAACGAACACUGGUCUUUUUAGCCCAUGCUUAAUAGUGAAAAAGUGACUCAAGUGCUUGUCUAUAAGUGGUUUGAUGGCUGCAGAGGUGUUGCUAUUUUACAGUAAAUUGAGGAGUUUGAGCAUUAACAAUCCAUUUAAUAAUUUUUUUUUGGAAAAUAUUCUCAUAUUUCGUGACCAAAAUAUCAUAGAGAGUAGGGUUGCGACGAUAAAUCGAUGCAUUGUGAUUUGUGGAUCGAUUCGGAGAUUUUCCGAAUGCAUCACGAUUCUCUCUGGAAUCGAUACUUAAGCCGGCCUCACACUACAGGAUUUUUAAAAUCCUAACCGAUUAUGAAAUCUGGUUGCAGCGCACACAUAAGGAGAAUCUUUGCAGAUUAUCUUCCCUGAAAUCUUAAACAUGCACACACUACAAGAUUUGAAAACUGUGGUGCAUCACACACUACAAGAUAUUAUUAAGAUUAUCAUGACGGAGGGAGCGCCUCAUGUGAUCUUCCGCAACAGAUCGUCAUUUC